UACUACUAACUAGCAUGGAGGUGCCAAUGCCUUCUCCUUGCUAGGAAAACUAAACUAAAACUUAAUAAUAAUACUUAGUACUCUUAAAAUAAAUGACACAAUAUCUCAUUUAAGUGCAGAGAGUGUUAGAGGUCUUUUGAGGAAUAACAACAGGAAUAAGGCUUGUUUACUAUAUCAUGUGUAGCCAUUUUGGGGGGAGGGUUGGGACAAUGUCACACUUAUUGCGGACACUCAGCACAUCAUUUUAGAGGAUGACGCCUCAGGGAAAGGUCAGCGUCCACAGCGCAGUGUGAUAACUUAUUGCCUGAGGAGUCAAUACACUCAGAGGGCUAAUAAAGCAGGAUUCCUGGCAGAACUCAACUCGACAUGGAAUUCCCAGAAAACUCAAGCGGACCCAAUCAUCUCAUCCCCAAAUGGAAUAUUUCACCGGUCAGUGUGAAUUACGAACCACAGGAGAGCACCGAGACGGACCCGCUACUACCUAAAGACGGCUUUGGCGGGUCAAGAUUGAGAAGAUCCCUGGAGGAAAAGCAGUCAGGUGGAGCAGACGUUCCUCCGGAGACGGUGUUGUCCUUGGUGCUGCAGAUUCUGGUGCCGUUUCUUCUCGCCGGGCUGGGAACAGUCUUUGCUGGCCUGCUUCUUGAUGUGGUUCAGAGCUGGGAUGUAUUUCAAGAAAUUACCGAGCUCCUAAUUUUGCUUCCCGCUGUGUUGGGCAUGAAGGGAAACCUGGAAAUGACGCUUGCUUCCCGAUUGUCCACGGCUGUACAUGCAGGAAAAAUGGAUGUUUCCCGAGAGAAGUGGAUGUUGAUCCUUGGAAACCUAGCGCUUAAACAGCUCCAAGCCAGCAUUCUGGGCCUGUUAGCGUCCCUGAUGGCGAUUGUGUUGGGCUGGAUUGCCGACGGAAGGAUCCCGUUUAAUCAUCUCGUCCUUCUGUGUUCGACCGGCCUCUGGACAGCAUUUGUGGCUUCGCUACUGCAAGGUAUUAUCAUGGUGGGCGUGAUUCUGGGAUCCAAGCGGAUCGGGAUCAACCCUGACAAUGUGGCUACGCCGAUGGCCGCCAGUUUUGGAGACCUCAUCACGUUGGCCUUACUGGCUUGCUUUAGUCAGUGGUUCUACUCCUUUAUAGAACUGUAUUCGUAUGCAUUGUAUCUGCUGGAUCUGAUUCUGCUGUGCCUGAUGCCUCUCUGGAUCGUGAUGGCCUCCAAACACCCCGCGAGUCGGCUCCUCCUCCGUACCGGCUGGGAACCCAUCGUAACGGCAAUGGUCAUUAGCAGUAUAGGUGGACUUAUUCUGGAUAAGACCGUGUCAGAUCCAAAUUUGGCCGGAAUCAUACUUUAUGCCCCGGUUAUAAACGGCAUCGGAGGAAACCUCGUCUCCAUCCAAGCGAGCCGCAUUUCCACCAAUUUACAUCUGAAUUUCUCGCCUAAUGAGGUUCCUGAAGAUCAGAAGAAGUGCUGUCAACAUCCAUGCGGCACCUUUUUCGGUUCAGGUCCGAAUCAGAAAUCUGCUAAAGUCCUGCUUCUGAUGGUCAUUCCUGGUCAACUGGUUUUUCUAUACCUGAUUCACCUGAUCAAAGGGGCUCACACCAUGCCCAGCGUGCUCUUCACCUUUGCGUUUUUGUCUGCUUCACUGAUUCAGGUUUUUUUCUUGCUGUGUAUCGCUGACUGCAUGGUCCACUGUUUGUGGAGGAGGGGUAAAGACCCCGAUAGUUACUCGAUACCCUACCUCACAGCGCUGGGGGAUCUUCUGGGGACGGCUCUUCUCUCCCUUGCCUUCCUUUUGCUUUGGUGCAGCGGAGACUCUGGCGGCGUAUAACCAUCUUGGAGACCGGUGUGACCACAGUGGCCAGCUAUGCAAAAAGUUGACACUUAAUACAUUUAAGGACUUUUUUAAAAUUUUUAUUUUUAUUUUUUUUUACCAUUAAUUCAUUUAAACUUGUAUAGAGCAGGACA